CACACCUGAUCGAAACACAAACACUACACGAACCAGGCAGAAACAACAGCUUAUCCCUUUUACAAUUCUGGUCGAAACACAGCUGUGGGAGAAGAGCACCACAUCAGAGAUUCCUCCUAUAUUCCUUCUCUCUCUCUCUCUCUCUCUCUAACUUUGGUUUCAUUGCUGUGUUGUGUGGCAACUUGUGUUGUACCCAUCAAGAAGUGUCCCAAACCCAACCCCAAAGUUAUGGGAUUGGCCUCUGUUGCUCACAACGGCGUCCGAAUUCCAUUGAAGUUGGAUCACAUUCGCAGGCUUUCACACUCUGCUUAUGCACUUCACCAUCCCAUCUCUUCCUUUUGUUCAGUGUACCAUCAUCGACCUCCUCACCCUGUUCCCCUUUUAAUCUCCAGACGAAUUGGGCAAGACAAUUAUGCCUCAGAGGUAAAGAGGAUUAAUGCUCAACCAAAGGAUGACAUUGGCAAUAUUGACAAAUCUCCUUCUCAGGAAUCUCUAGCGAAUGAAGAUUACAAUUCCUCCAUUAGAAAUGUAGCCUUAUGGGUCUGCGCUGCGGUGGCAUUUGGUGUUGGUUUGGGUUUUAAGGAAGGUUUUGACAAAGCAUCGGAAUUCUUUGCAGGGUACAUAUUGGAGCAAAGUCUUUCUGUAGAUAAUCUCUUUCUCUUUGUUCUGAUAUUCAAUUACUUCAAAGUGCCGGUUACAUAUCAGAAUCGUGUGCUCUCCUAUGGUAUUGCUGGAGCAGUUAUCUUUCGUCUGACGUUAAUACUUAUUGGAACAGCUACCCUUCAGAGAUUUGAAGCAGUCAACCUUCUCUUGGCCGCAAUAUUACUCUACUCAUCAUUUAAGUUGUUUUCCAGUGAAGAAGAUGAAUCCGACUUAUCUGAUAACUUUGUGGUGAAGACGUGCCAGAAAUUUAUCCCUGUAACAAGUAAUGUUCUCUAAUCAUGAUUAUUUAUUUCUCUCGUAGUUCGAUAAUUCAGUGCUGAUUUCUUGGGUAUUCUGAAAUUGAAUUUUUAUUUAUAUUUUGAAAAAAUCACAAGAAUUGGUGGAAAGCUUAAUCUGACUUAGCUAAAAUUGAAAAUGGAUGUUUAAGCAGAAAUGGCGGAAUCAAAGUUUAAUUUGCCAAUGGUCUAGAAAAUUUUAGUUUUUUCUUAUGGAAUUGUGUAUGUCCAUAUAAGUGUAACUCAUGUUCUUUGGUAAAUGCAAACAGUAAUUUUGAUUUCACAAGUACUAUAUCAUAGUCUUAAAUUUAGGAGAGAGAAUAUAUUUCUUAUUAUUUGUCUCCUUACAUGCAUUGGAUAUAUAAACAAGAACUUAUUGAAUGAACAACGUAUUCUACGGAACAAAUCCUUGAAAUUGUGGGAUUGUUAUUCUAGUAAUAAUAGCAAGAUACACAGAAUAUAACAAAUUAAAUACAUGGGAAUAAUAUCUAAAAUUUCCUAAAA